UUGCACGGAGUCAUCCAGCUGUUUAAACGGAUUUAUUUCGAUACUUUUUCGUCAAGCCACAUUCACAGUCCACAACUGAAGCUUUUCAAAAUUGUCAGCGGGUAAAAGCGACGUCGAUCUUCAUCUAUAUAAACACUGUAGAGUUAGGGAUUUAACAUGAGUACGUUUCUAAAACGCCGUUUUAUCCAUCAGCCUAUUUCUGCUCAUUCGGUGCCUCAAUCGUUCCAUUUAAAAAAAAAAACAAAAACGACAACAUAAAAACUCUUUAAAUGCACCUUGUUUUAUUCAUCAUUCAUGAGUUGUAAUGCAAAACUUCUAUCUAGAGCCCUGCCAGCCUUCCUGGUUUUGGUAGACUGAUCUAACGUUCCUUAUAAUAUGUGGCGUUUAUGUGUAGAUUGUAUUUUAUAUGGUGCUAUAUGAGCAGUAACAUUAUGAUAUUUUAACUGCCGUCAUAUUUAAAUUUAAAUAUUGCUGAAUUACACAUUCUAACAAUUAAUAGCCUUCUUUAUUCAUGACAUCUAUUAGUUUGUCUGAAAUAUUAUAUUGUAAUAUUAUUGUCUGUGGAUUACAGCAAAGAUGGCUGAGAAGAGAAGCAGGAGGAGAAAGAGUCCAGAACAAGAUGCUGUGGAACAUAUAAUUGAGGAAAAAGAUAAAACAUUCAUUGAGGAAAGAUUUAUCAACCACUAUAAAGGGAGAGGUGUAUUUGCAAGAGAGUACAUUGAACCCAAAAGUUUUGUGGUGGAGUACCGAGGAGUUCUGUCUCUGAGUAAAGGUGCAGAUGACAAAAGCAACAAAUAUGCAUUUGAUUUCAUAUGGAAUGGAAAGCAAUAUUGCAUAAAUGCUUCAAAAGAAGACCAAACACUGGGACGACUAGUGAAUGAUGAUCAUGUUCAUCCAAACUGCAAAGUCAAAAGAAUCAUGGUUCGAGGGAGACCACACUUGUGUCUGUUCGCUAUCAAAGACAUCUUUCCAGGAGAAGAAAUAACUUAUAACUAUGGUGAUUCCUCUUGGCCAUGGCGCUCACUGGCACCUUGUGAAGAGCAAAGUGACCUGAAGGUCCACGAACGUGAGCCACCAUCAGAAAAGGAAGCCUUGGGUAAGAGUGAGGCUGAGAGGACAGGAGUCAGUCUUGGUCUUGUUUCAUCCCAUGAUGAACCAGCACCUUGUGAAGAGCAAAGUGAUCUGAAGAUUCACAAAAGUGAGCCAGCAUCAGAAAAGGAAGCCUUGGGUGGGAGUGAGGCCAAGAGGAGAGGAGUCAGUCCCGGUCUUGUUGAAUCAAAUGAUGAUACGGAAUCUGUGGCCGGCAUUGAGGCAGAGAUGACAGGAGUCAGUCCUGGUGUUGGAUCAUUCAAGGAUAAUACAUGCCACCAUAGAAUGUUUGGUGCAGUUCUCAGUGCUUUGGAAAAUUGUGAAGACUGCACUGGGCCUGUCUCCAGUUUAAAAUGGCUUGGUGUGACAUGCAAAUUAUGUUCAAGAUCAUGGCAUAAAUCCUGUUUUUUGAAGAAGAAUUCAUCACUGGAUGCUACUAAGUCUUGGGAUCAUGUUUCUGACUCUGAAAUCAGUGAUUCAGGUUCAGACGAUGUCUACCUUCCAUCAAGAAGCUCUGAUGGAUCCAGCUCUGAUUUUCCUACUGACACUGAACAUAAUGAGGAUGCACAAUCGGUAAUCUUGCCAUAUCUUGGACAAGUUAAACCACUUCCUUCUGAAGGAAAAACAAAGAGAGUUCCGCUGUUGGAACAGAAGGCCUCCAAAUCUGACUGCAUCAAUGACCAACCCUGUUCUGAUAAUGGAGUGACUCAUCGUGAUAACUGGAUUAUUUCAACAAAUACGGCCGAGCAGCCUCCCACCCCGGCCGAGCAGCCUCCCACCCCGGCCGAGCAGCCUCCCACCCCGGCUGAGCCUCUUCCUAGCAUAUCAACUCAACAAAUCUCUUCUUGCACUUUAAAGAAUUACUGCUAUGUUUGCAAAAAAGCCCAAUCCAAAAUUUCUCGGCACUUUAAAAAGCAUGAGAAAGAAGAUUUGGACAUUGCCCGAGCAUUGUCAUUACCCAAGAACUCAAAAGAGAGAAAAAUGUUAUUGGAUAAGUUGCGGAACAAAGGAAAUUAUGAGCAUAAUCAGGAGGUAAUAAAUAGCCAUAGUGGAUCACUGAAAGUCAGAAGAAGAGCUGGAUCAUCAAAAGUCUCUGAGAACUCCAAAAGGUAUGUCCAUUGUACAUAUUGCAAAGGUAUGUUUCUUCGCAAAGAGCUGUGGCGCCACACAAAAAGGUGUCCAUUAAAGAAAAAAACUGAGGACCAUCAAAGGAGCAAAGUCUUAUCUCUGGCUGAUAUGGCGGAGUCAACCAGCUGUCACACCAUUUCCACUGGCGUGUGGAAGGUGCUCGGAAAGAUGAGGCAAGACGACAUAGGAUCUGUAGUGCGCAAUGAUUUCAUCAUAUUGCAACUGGCCCAGUCGCUGUACAACAAGCAUGGGAAUGAUCCCACAAAAUUUGAGUACAUUAGGACAAAGGUUCGGGAAAUGGGUAGACUUUUAUUGACUCUAAGAGUGAUGUAUUCUAUUCAAAGCUUUGAAGAUGGUGUAAAACCAAACAACUUCUACAAAAUUGUUAAUGCUGUGAAAAGAGUUUCAGGAUAUGAUGAAGAGAAAAACUCGUAUUCCACACCAAGUCUUGCCCUGAAGUUGGGGCACUCGUUGAAAAAAAUUGGGGACAUUAUUCUUUGCAGAGCUAUAGCAGCAGAGGAUGAACAUUUGAUAAAAGCAACUGAACGAUUCAUCAGACUCUGCUCAAAAGAAUGGGCCGGAUAUGUCUCUCACACUGCACUGGCUACUUUGAGAAAGUCAAGGUUCAAUCAACCAUCCAUCAUACCAUUCACAGAGGAUGUGCAAAAGUUACAUAAAUACCUGGAGGAGAACUCGGCUAUUGCCAUACACAACUUAAAAAAACAUGAGUCUCCUCAGGCAUAUGGAGAACUUGCAAGGUUGACACUUUCACAAAUAAUACUCUUUAAUAGACGCCGUGCAGGUGAAGUUUCAAAAAUGUCUCUGGAAUCCUUCAAGAAAAGAGACCAAACUGAGCUUCAUGGUGAUGUAGCUGCCAGUCUGUCACUUUUUGAACAGAAGCUAGCAAGGCACUUUAGCAGAGUGGAAAUUAUGGGUAAAAGAGGCAGGAAAGUGGCAGUUUUGUUGAACCCUGAGGUUGUUUGUGCGACAACACUUCUCGUAGAGAAAAGACAGAUGUGCAAUGUGCACAAGGACAACCCUUUCCUAUUUGGAAGGCCAGAAUGCCCCUUCACAAGCCACUACAGAGGACAGGAUUGUGUUAGAACAUUUGCACGCUUGUGUGGCGCAAAGAAUCCACAGUAUCUGAGGUCUACACAACUUCGAAAGCACAUUGCGACCCAAUCCCAAAUCUUGAACCUUAAGAACAACGAACUGGAUCAACUGGCUAACUUUUUGGGCCAUGAUAUUAGAGUUCACAGAGACUUUUACCGUCUGCCAGAAGCCACGAUUGAAGUGGCAAAAAUCACGAAGAUUCUGCUUGCUAUGGAGAAAGGAACGUUGGCACAGUUCAAGGGGAAGUCUCUUGAUGAGAUUGAGAUUGAAGAUAAAUUGGAUCCAGAAAUGUAUGGUGAGUUGGAUGAUGGAGACGACAAAGUGGAUGAGGAUGAUGAAAGCAGCAGUGACGAUGAACACAACGAAGGUGAAAGAGGGAGAGACGAAGAAAAUGGUGGAGACGAAGACGGAGGCACAGGGAGAGACGAAGAAAAUGGUGGAGACGAAGACGGAGGCACAGGGAGAGACGAAGAAAAUGGUGGAGCCGAAGACGGGGGCACAGGGAGAGACGAAGAAAAUGGUGGAGACGAAGACGGAGGCAGAGGUUGUCCCCUUGGACUAAUGGAAAACGAAAGAAUGGAGAUCGACGAAGAGCAAAACAGUUCCUCUGGAAAACGAAAAACAACUAUAUUGACUGAGGAUUUGGUCAAGACUUCCAAAGGACAGAAGAAAAAGUGUGUCGUCAGCAGUUCCAGAGAGAUCAAACGCAGAAAAUAUGUGAAGAGGCCAUGGAGCAACGCCGAAAUCAGCGCUGUCAUGAAAUUCUUCAAAACCCACAUCGAAAAAGGGAAAUUGGUUCAGAGCCAAAGUGUCAUGCUGCAGCUGGAGUUUGGUGACACCGUUUGGCUCCGUCUCCAUGGCGAUUCUCGCUAUGCCCUCUAUAGCAACACUGGACACUACACCACUUUCAAUGGUUACCUAGUCUACCCUGACACUUAUGACUACCAGACACACCGGCCGCAGCAGCAACAUCCUGCGUCUGACUCCCAGCAGUUUAAACAUGACGACGCACCGUUAUGGAAUAGUAACUGGGCCACAGGGGACGCUGGGUCUGAGAUGAAGAACACAGUGGGCGAUAAGGGGCUGCAUCAGGAAGAUGAUGAAGAGGAGGACGAGGAAGAGGAAGAUCCACGUUCUGCUUUCUCGGUGGGUCGCACUCAGAGUAUCAUAGGAGUGAAUCAGGUAGGUCUGCCACAGCACCAGCCGGUCAGCUUUGACACGUCAUUCGUCAACAUUGGGGAGGACUUCAAUGUUACAGAGGGGAUUUUCCUCUGUCGCAUUCCUGGCGCCUACUAUUUCUCCUUCAAUGUGGGCAAACUUCCUCAGAAGACUCUAUCUGUCAAGUUGAUGAAAAACCACCUGGAAGUGCAAGCGAUGAUUUAUGAUGACAGCAACGGGGAAAAAGCUCUGCAGAGUCAGAGCUUGAUGCUCUCACUGAAAACCGGUGACACAGUGUGGCUCUACUCACACCAGAGGGAUGGCUUCGGAGCUUACAGCAACCACGCAAAAUAUAUCACCUUCACUGGCUUCCUGGUCUACCCUGACUUGACCCCCACAACUGACAUUAACGCUACCAGUGAGUCACAGGGAUUGAAGAAGCCCUAG